ACCAGCCAUCAUAUACAGAUAACAAUGGAUUCUAUCGUAUUAAUUUGACAUUUUCCUGUUAGCGUUUCUUACAAUUUUUUUUUUUUUUUUUUUUGUUCACUUUAUGUGUGUGGGCAAAUUUUUAUUUAUUGUUAUUACAUAUCUAUUAAACACUGUCUGUUACCUUAGAAUUAAUGAUGAGGAACGCAAAAGUUAAAAAUUCAAGAACAGGAAGUUUGGGAAGCUUUAGUGAUGGUGGUGGAUUAUUCGACGUUGUCGUGCGACCAAUGCUGCAAAAAGGACACGAGGGAGAAUUGUGCAGUUGGUUAAAAGAAAUGAGUCUAAUUCGUACAGUUUCCAAUUGUCCUCAUUUGGAAUGUAAUGGACGUAGUUUAGCAUGGAAUCCUGCAAGAAUCAUAGACAAAUAUAUUUGGUCUUGUCCCGACUGCCUGAGAAAGCUGUCGAUAAGGGAAAAAUCCUUCUUUUUUGGAAUAAAAUGUGACCUGAAAAUGUGCCUUCAAUUGAUACUAGGAUGGUGUCAAAAUAUUCCCUGUGAAAUUACUGCUUCAUACUUAGAUAUCAAGAAACAUGUAGUUAGAAAAACAUACGAACGAUGUGACGAAGUUUCUGCAAUCUAUGUGAAGAAACAUCCAGAGGAUUGGUUAUUAGGCGGUGAAGGUGCAAUAUUAAUAGUGGAUGAAUUUCCUGGUGGUUAUAUGACAGAGCGUCAACCAGAUUUGAACUCUGCCAAAAAACGCAAUAAUAAUUCCCACACAAUAAUAUGCAUUGCGGAAGCGAAUGCUAUACCACCUCGCAUAUGGUUGCAUAUGAUUGAAGCUGUACCAGAGCCACAAAAGAUUGACAAGCAACAAAUAGGGGUCAACAAGUGUAAUAUGGUGAAGGAAGCUCUGAAAGAAAUUGUGAAGCAUACAGUGCCAGGAAGUUACAUAGUAGCAAAUGAUCGUGUUUGCUGCUGCAGUUAUGAAUCUUUACAGAGUUUAAGGCAAUACAAGAUUAUCAGUAUUGAACAACUACAAAAAUUUGAUCCACCUGGUCAAAGUAAACUUCUUGACAAUCUUGAAACAAUUUGGCAAAACGCCAUUGAAAUCUGUGAGGAAGUUCAAGAAGCUACGCACACUUCGGGCCAAUAUAUCAUUGCAAGGCACUUAUGGAGACAGAAAUUUGGAACAUCACUCUCCACGGCUUUUCAAGAUAUGCUAAACCACAUUGCAGAAUAUUACCGAUUUUCUUAAGAUUAGGCACAAAUAUUGAACUCGCUUUUAGAUCGCAACAUUAUAACAUCUCUCAUACAUGACAAAAAAAAAUGCUACUGCAAAUAACACUCGAUUUUUUUAUAAUUAUACAUAGAAGAUGGAUAUUGGUUGAGAAAUUAGAUCUUAUAUAUAUAAUUUUCACAAAUUGCCUUAUAUAUAAAAUGACAAAUAUUCAUAAAUGAUAUAUAUUCUACAAGAUUUAUUUUUUAUAUGUGCAUAACAAAGUAAAAAUUAGAAAUGAUUAUAUUGUUAAGUCUUCCAAGUACUAUUAAGAUAUUACUCUUCAUAUAAAAUUAUAUAUACUGACAAUAAUUGUUAAGAAAUUAGAAUUAUAGUGAAAAGUUAAAUGAACUAAGAGAGAGAAAGUGAGGCGGCAAGAUUUAUAAGAAAUUAUAUCUAAAGUUUUCAUAUCUGUGCUAAUAUUGACAAAAGUUAUUGCAUUGAAAGACUGAGAGUGACACUACCAAUAGAAUAUACAAAAUAAUUUCAAACCCAAUAAUGUAGCAAUAUUAGGAUAAAUUAUAAUAGCACAUAUAUUAUUCAUAAUUUGUUUUCUAAUGGAAGAGAUAUUAAGUGCUAUAAUCUUAGGUAAACCUUCUUUCUUAUGUACUUUUUUUUUUCUUUCUAAUGUUCGCUCUCAAAUAUUUAAGUACGCACAAAAUUAAAUUUUUAGUAUAAUUUUAUAUUUUACUAUAUUGUUGUCAUAUGUAUGUUUGUUUAUAAUGUUAUGUAAUUGUUGGACAUAAUUUUACAUCUAUAAAAAAAGAGAGGGAUAGCAAAUAGUGAGCCGAUCAAUUUUUUGUCGAGACAAUUCUGUAAUUUUUUAACAAUUUAUCGAUUACUUAUAAUUUCUCACUAUAACAUUAUUAUUAAGUUAAAAAUAAAAUACAAAAGUUGUGCUCUUAUCGAUAAAUAUAUAUUUUUUCAAAUAUUUUCUCUGAAAGAUAUUAUAAGAUAGACUCUAAUGACCAUUGAGAAAAAUUUAACAUUUGCUACAAAUUUUACUAAUAUGACUGUUUACUUAUUUUGGAUGAAAUUGAUAAUAAAGUGUAAAAAUCAAA